UGAAACUGGAAGUGGGAUUGUUUUGUUUCUGGCCACCGUUAUUAAUUGGUUAACAAAUCCCAACAGCAACUGCUUUAACAACUCUCGGUCGGCUAAAAAUGUCAAAACUACAGUUGUUGCAUGUGUUUCUAAAUGAGCGCUUAAAGGCAGCGGCUGUGGAGAUUUUUGGAGCGGUUGAGAAAACGGUAGCGCAGUACCAGGAGGAGAACGAACGUCUACGGAGACUACUGCAGAUAACACCGGACAUAAAACUAUGUAGAAUAGACUCUCUGCAGCUCUCACUUUCUGUCUCAGAAGAGGAGGUUCCUCCUGAGAAGCAGCAGGGUGAGCAGGAGUGGAGCCCAACAGUGGGGGAGGAGGACCCAGAGCCCACACUGAUUAAAGAGGAACGGGUGGAUCUCAGGACCAGUCAGGAGGAAGAGCAUGUUCAGUCCCAGAAAGCUGACAUCAUAGAGUUCGAAUUCCCUCCUCUCUGUGUGAAAACUGAAUAUGAUCAGGAAGGCCCACUUCAGUCCUUGCCUCCUCCCCAAACCCAGACUGUGGAGAACAUAGAGAGCGACUCUGAACCAGUGGAUACACAAUUCGCCACCGUUACUCAUCAAAAGGGUCUCAACAUUCUCUUUGACCCUCCUGGUAACAAUCCAAACAAUGCUUUUGGCAACAGUUCAGCUUUUAGCAGCUACCCAGCAGGACUUGACAGUCGUCCACAACUGGAUCCCAACCCAUCGUUGGUGGGACACUGUUCUAAACCAGGCGUCAUAUCCGAGAAGACUCUCUGCUGUCGUGACUGUGGCGAAACGUUCGCUCGGAAAGCGGACCUGCAGGGGCACAUGUCUCUCGCCAAGGGGAGUCCCAGUGAAUGUAGCAUCUGCCUAAAACGCUACAACUCCACUUGUAAACUGAAGGCCCAUGUCCGAUUCUGUCACAUGGAGCAGCCCUUUAACUGCCCAUCUUGUGGGAUGGCAUUUAAACAAAAAAACGACCUGUCCAAGCACAUGACGAUUCACGCAGGGGAGACCACAUUCAGCUGUGGCAACUGUGGGAAAAGUUUCUAUCAGAAGGGCAAUCUAAGGAGGCACAUACUGACUCACACUGGGGAGAAACCAUUUAGCUGUGUUUAUUGUAGGAAGAGCUUCAAUCAGAAGGGGGACCUAACCAAACACAUAUGGAUUCACACAGGACAGAAACCGUUCGGCUGUGCUUACUGUGGGAAAAGCUUCAUUCAGAAGGGGGACUUAAGAAGGCAUAUACUGACUCACACAGGAGAGAAGCCAUUUAGUUGUGUAACCUGUGGGAAGAGUUUCAAUCAGAAGGGACACCUCAGGAGGCAUUCACUAACUCACACAGGAGAGAAGCAACACAGCAGCUCAGUGCUUGGUUAAAGAUUCACUCAUGAGUGGAAGUGGCCCAGAUACAAAUGGUUACGGGGAGCGAAAGAUUAAACAAAAUGAGGACAAUACAUUAGUAGAUUGUAAUGUAAAGGCAGCGGAGAAUUAUUAGAUUGGACUAUUAGAGUGUUGUACUUGAGGUGAAAGUAUAUACAUGUUAUUUUAAUCUUAUUUUAGUAAAGUCACUCCAAGACACUUCAGCCCACUGUAAGCAAUAGCCUGCAGACAAGAUUUGGUUUACAUGGACCUUGCACAACAUUCAGCAUUUAACAACUGUUAAAGUGACAGUUUUAAACAGCCAGCUCUUUUUUUUUUUUUUGACAAAGUCACUUUAUAUACAAUUUUACAGUUCUAAUUUAAAUUGAAUGAGUAUAUAAUUAUGAAACAAUAAACAGUUUUGCAUAAUGCA